AUGACCAUCAUGGCGAAAAUCGAUGUGCACCACCAUUUUUACCCUCCGGCCAUGCGCCAAGCCCUGGACCGCGCUGGGGGUGAUCCUUCGGGCUGGUAUAUUCCCCCAUGGACGCUUGAGCUAGAUCAAGACAUAACACGACAGAUGAAGGUGACCACCACCAUUCUCUCUGUCACUGCGCCCGGUCCAGGUAUCGAACCUGAUGUUACUAAGGCCGCCGCUCUGGCACGCAGCUGCAAUGAAUCUGCCGCUGCCAUUCGGGAUGCUAAGCCGCAACAGUAUGGCUUCUUUGCCUCUGUCCCCUCCCUAUUCGAUACGGCGGCCGUCUUGAAGGAAAUUGAAUACGCCUGCACCACUCUCCGUGCGGACGGAGUCACUCUAUUCACCCGCUACGGCAAGGGUUCUAAUUACCUGGGACAUGCCGCCUUUCGACCCAUCUGGGCCGACCUCAGCCGUCGCGGUGCCGUAGUCUUCAUCCACCCGACUCAUCCAGUCGAUACGCAACUUAUCAACACCUGGCUACCGCAGCCCAUGUUCGACUAUCCGCAUGAAACUGGCCGGGCCGCCAUGGAUCUGCUGACCAGUGGCAUUUUGCAAGACUAUCCGGGAUGCAAGAUCAUUCUGUCUCAUGCAGGCGGGACUUUGCCAUAUCUCAUCCAUCGAGCGGCUACUAUGCUGCCCUUGAUGCCACGCACGCUCGGCCUGUCAACUGAAGAGUUGGUGGAGGCAGCCCGGACAUUCUACUUUGACACGGCUAUCUCAUCAAACCCGGUCACGUUGAAGGCACUUUUUGAGUUCGCUGCGCCCGGCCAUGUGCUCUUCGGUAGUGACUUCCCAAAUGCCCCGCAUGACGCAAUCUUACGCUUCACGAACUUUUUGGAGGCGUACGAGCUGCCAGAAGAGACAAAGCGACAGGUUGACAGCGGGGCAGCACUGGAGCUGUUUCCGCGACUGAAGGGGAUCCUGGACAAAGCGAAGCUCUGA